AUGGGCUGGAAUCAUAUGGGCAAGGACCGGAUGUUCCUUCAAUUCAUCAGAGCUAGGGUCUUGUCUUUCCGGGGACUGCGCAGGAUAUCUACGCUGUCAGAGGUGGAGUUAGGGUCCGGCACGUCCGCAGUGAAUUUGGAGCGUGGUUAUAACCUCCCAAUUUCAAUUAAGAGCAGUGGAUGGCAGGGAUGCAGUGCACAUGUUGCUGACGAUUGCCCUACAUAUUUACAGGCGAAGGUCACUAAUGAGGUGGUGGCGUGUAAAGGUGAGUGCAGCUCAUAUAAUAAGCAAUGCAGCCCGCCGGAUUUCGAUAUCGGUUUCAGGAAACGCUGCCCAAAUGUUGUUCCUUUCCAAGAUUAUCUAAGGUCUUCGCCUGACGCUAAUGUCACCAUUACUUUCUGUCCCCCACAGUGA